AUGUCUACGAUGCCCCCAGUAGCCAUGAGUAUCUUCGAUGCAAUCGGUAACACCCCGGUUAUAAAAUUAAACCACAUUGUUCCCGAUGGGUCUGCCGAUGUCUAUAUUAAACUCGAAUUCUUCAACCCAACAGGGUGUUACAAAGAUCGGAUGGCGCUAUCCAUGAUUGAACAAGCGGAAAAGCGUGGAGAUUUACAGCCGGGUAUGACAGUUGUGGAAGCUACUGGUGGCAGCACUGGAUCUUCACUUGCUUUUGUCUGCGCGCAGAAAGGCUACAAUUUUGAAGUUGUGUGCUCCAACGCCUUUUCAGUUGAGAAACUGCGUUCAAUCACUGCGCUUGGGGCAAAACUCGACAUAGUACACAGUCCCACUGGUAAAGUCACAGCCGACCUUAUGCCAUCCAUGAUGCAACGUGCAAAAGAAGUGGGUGACCAAGAAGGAUACUACUACACGAACCAAUUUCAGAACCAGGAUGCUCUUAUUGGGUACGAAGGUAUUGGCCAUGAGCUGGUCAUACAAUUUCCCAACGGCAUUGAUGCUUUUUGCGGCGCCAUCGGCACUGCCGGAAUGGCCAUGGGUGUUGGGAGAGUUUUUAGAUCGAAAAUGCCCGCCACGAAGAUUGUCAUUUUGGAGCCAGCCUCGGCGCCGCACAUCACCAAGGGCCAAACUGGACCGCAUAGUGUCGAAGGCAUUGCUGUUGUAAGCCGCCCGACUCAUCUUGAUGAAACAUUGUAUGACGAAGCCCGCGCUAUUGAAGAAGACAAAGCUCGUGCCAUGUGUCGCCUCCUUGCCAAAAAGGAAGGGUUGCUUGUCGGCACAUCCACAGGGAUCAAUGUUGUCGCAGCGCUGGAGCUUGCAAAGGAACUGGGAGCUGGUAAAACAGUUGUUACCGUUGCGGUUGAUACGGGUUUAAAAUAUUUGAAUGGCAAUCUGUUUCAAGAGUAA